AUGAAGCAAACCCAAGCACCAUCGACAAAUCUGUCGCCCCGGAAACCGAGCAAAGUCUCCGAGAUGCAGAUGAAAGCGAAGAAAAUGCAAGUGAUAAAGAGGAAGAGAAGGAAUCUAGUGAUAAAGAGGAAGACAAGUGAAGUAGAAGAAGACAACGAAGGAGAAAAGGAAGUCAGAGAAGAAGAAAAGGAAGCCAGAGACGAAGAAAAGGAAGUCGGAGAAGAAGAGAAGGAACCCGCAGAAAAAGAGAAGGAGCCGGCCAAAGAAGGAGAUGAAAUGGAGCCCCGAAGAAAUGACGAAGAAGCUGAAGAAAGGACGACCCAAUCAGUACGAGAACAUGAGGCGCAUGCAAAGGAGAUUUUAGAUGACGAAGAAGAAGGCAUGCAACCGCUGAAGAUGCACUUUCCUUCAAGCCAGUAUCAAAAGUCUUUAAAGCUUUCAGGAAAAUGUUACAUUAACACACCGAUAAGAAAUAUACAAACGAUCCUGAAAAAGAACGAGGUGGAAUGGUUCGUAGAGCACCCACAGUUCCAACAUUUCUUCCAUAUUAAAAACCGAAAGCAGAAGUGGAUGGGAAUGUGGCUUCUCGUUUUGCGAUCAGCUUCUGUAGCGAAGAAGUAUGAGUUAUGGUUUAUCGUUAAUGACGUCCCAAUCCGAUACUCUCUCAGAGAAUUCAGACUCAUUUCUGGACUAUACUGCCAUGAGUAUCCCCCCAACCAUGAGAGGUUGGGUGGUACAACAUUCAUGAACAAGUAUUUUGGAGGGAAAAGGGUUACAUACGCUGACCUGGAGAAGCAGAUGUUGGCAAUGAAAUCAAAGCCAUCUCAGGAUCGUCUAAAGAUGGCCGCUCUGUACUUCUUAGCCACUAUCCUCGUCGGAGGCCGAAAGAGUGGAGAGGGAGCAUCACCUUUCCCUUGGGGGCGGUAUGCAUUCGAACAUAACUUGAAGGAUGUCUCUAGCUUCUUGGAGAAAUGCAACGGGGUUGUGCCGACGAGUUGGGUUUUUACAAGCUUUCCUAUUCCUUUGGAGUUGUUGGCCUUUGAGGCAAUUCCAAGCUUGAGGAACCAUUUCCGAGAAAGUGUGAAUGGUGCACGCCCUGUCGAUCGUUGGACCAAGAUAAUACAGAAAGGGAAGAAACAAGUUUUCUUUGAAGAACAGUUCGGCAUCGAUUUUGCGGCUCGUACAGCUCAGGUUGAAGGUCCCACCAUUCCUGCUAUUGGUGGAGGAUCCAAUAAUGCAGAAUCUGGACAGACUGAUGCAUAUUCGGUGGAGGCUCCUAGAGUUGAGGCUUUAAAAGCGAUGGAAGGUCGGCUUAUGAAUGCAAUCUCGGAUGGUAUGAAGGAAGUGAACAAAAAAGUCAAGUCAUUGUCUAACCGGCUAACUCUUGUAGAAAACGAAGUGAAAAGUCUUAGGGUGAGUGUUCCCAGAAUGAGUGAACUGAUGUCGGAAGGGGAAACUGAUAAUUCGUCCGACCAAGAUGGUAGUGAUAAUCCGUCGGAAGAAGAUGGUGAUGAUACUCCAUCGGAGGAAGAUGGUGGUGAUACUUCAUCGGAGGAAGAUAAAGAUGGUGGUUCUAAGGAUGAUAGUGUUCUCGCUAUUGUAAACCAAGUGCAGAGUGAACAUGGUAAUGGUGAUGAUGACAUGGAUGAUACUGCAGAGAUGUCUGCAGCGGCUGAGAAGCUCGAGAUUGAGAUACUUGAGAAGACAAAUACUGAGAAGAAGAAAAAGAAGAGGGUGAGAAAAGAUGAUGGAAAAGAAUUACUUUCUUCGAAAAAGCCAAAGGUUUGCAAUAACGCGAGGAGUCCCAUUUGGACAAGAGGCCAGAAGAUGGAAGAUGCAGCUCAGAAGGAAGCAGCUCAGAAUGAGGCAGGUCAGAAGGAGGUAGCCCAAAAGAAGGACGCCAAGCAGAAGGCAGAUGAAAAGAAGCAGACGAAGAAGGCAGCCCAGAAGAAGGCAGGUAGAAAGAACAAGAAGCCAAAGAAGGGAGGUAAGAAGACGUUGUGA